AUGAUGACAAGAGGUGGUAAAAGAAGUAAUGAAACUGAGAAUCCAGAGAGUAGUGCUGCUAUGAGUGGAGCUGAAGCAGCUGCUGGUGCUAGCGCUGAUGACAAACUGGAUCAGCUGGCUAGCCUCGUCAAGUCACUGAUGCAGUCUCAAACUGCCCGAGACCAGCAGAUUGAGAAGGAAUCAGCACGCCAAGAAGUAAGAUGGAAGAAUUUACAACAACAGUUUCGACAACUCCAGACUCAUGUGGAGGAAUUGAAGGAGGAACGACAACAUGAGGGUGACUUUUUGGAGGAGGAUCCUCACACUCAUGAUGACGACGGCGACAGCCAUGAUGAUGGACGAAAGGAGUGGGCAGUCCGACUGGUUCCGCUACUUACUGGGAAAGCACGUAGUGCUUAUGUGCUGAUGGACAUUGCUGAUUCUCACAUGUAUGACAAGGUGAAAGAUGCCGUUCUGACCAAAUAUGAGAUAACUGCCGACACCUAUAGAAGGAGGUUUCAAUCCCUGGACAUUCAUCAGGGUGAGACGCCGAAAGAACUUUAUGUUCGGCUCAAAGACAUGUUCUAUAAGUGGGUUAAACCAGAGACUUCUACAGUGAAGAACAUUUCAGAACUGAUGAUCAUGGAGCAGUUCCUGAGGAUGGUGAAUCCGGACUUGGAGGUGUGGAUCCGGGAACGAGCCCCAACAUCUGCAGAGGAGGCGGCAAGUUUGGCAGAAGUCUUCUUGUCAGCAAGGACAGGGACCAGAAGAGCCCACUUUGGCCGUGAAAACUUUCCUACGGGAAGAAGUAAGUCUGAUGGGGGUGAAAGGGGUGGUGCGCUAGGUCAGACUAGGAGUUAUUCAGCUACAAAGUCAUUUUCUGUUGCUAAACCCAACCCUGCUAAGAACUACUCUUCCUCAAGACCAGAUGUCAGGUGUUUUCAGUGUAACAGAAUGGGUCAUACACAGUACACAUGUCCUGCCACUAUACGAAGUAAGCCCUCUCUUCUCUGUUCGGUUCCCAGACCACCCUCCCCAUCCCCUGCCCCUGAAUCUGCUCACACAGUCCCUGUGUUGGUUAAUGGUCAACGUGAAACAGCUUUGUUAGACACAGGAAGUUUUAAGUCUGUGGUUCUGUCUAGCUUAGUGCCAAGAGAACUGUGGGGUGAUGCUAAGACAAAAAUAAGUUGUAUUCACGGUGAUGAAAUGGAGUAUCCUGUAGCUGAGAUUUAUCUAACUAUAGGCGGUCAGACAUUUCUAUUACCUGUAGCAUUAGCUUCAAGGCUUCCUUAUGCUGUCAUUUUGGGCUUGGAUGUCCCCACUUUGACUGAUUUAGUGUCAAACACAGCAGCUGGACAUUUGACUCAAACUGAUGGCCAUGAGGGAUCCCAGGUCAAGACUCAGAACACUACACUCUUCCAAAAACAUGUCCCCAUAGUGGCAGGAGCAGAACUUUCCUCCCCAAUCUGUAGCUUGGUCACUACUAGAGCCCAGGCAGUACAGAACUCACUUAAGGAAUUACCAUUCUAUGAUGUAGAACUGGAGGUGGGUGGUGUAAAACCAUCCAAAUCCAGAGCACAAAGAAGAAAGGAGAAGUUUUUGGGUUCGGCCAGAAUGGAGGUGGAAGGUAAAAUGAAACCUUGCCCUUUAUUUGACUUUGAUAUUCCUUCAGAUAUUUCUGCCCAUCAGAGAUCGGACCCAACAUUAAAACCAUGGUUUGAUAAGGUUACAGAAGUAGAGGGAAAGAAGUAA